AUCAAAAUUCCAACUUCGAACCCCCAAAUGAUAAUCAAUUUGUAACUUUUCAGUAGCUUGUAUAGAAAGGCUCGGCGCAGCCCCCCAAUUACGACCACCACCGCCACGCAAUUGACCUCUUUCCGCCCUACCAUAAACAAUUUCGGUACACAAAUUGGUGGACUGAUGGCCAAUCUCAUCGAAGAGGAUGAAGGAAUGGUUAAUAUCACUGUGCGGACCAUCGGUCCUUCCCCUCCGUCUCACCUCAGGGUCCCUUCUUCGCUCAAAGUUAAAGAGUUGAGGGAAUUGAUUGCUGGGACUAGUCACCUGCCCCUUAAGAAUAUGAGGCUUGUUUGUCGAGGGAAUGUCUUGCACGAUAGUACAAAUGGUGAUGAUAUAUUGGUGCAACUCCAGGAUGGAGAAACUGUGUUUGUUGCCAUCAAACCCCAGCCGCCUGCUAAGCAUAUUAGCAAUUUUGAUGACGACGAUGGCGAAGAUCUUAAAUUUCAACUUCCACAAUCAACUAGCAAGUGGAAAAGAAGGCUUUUCUUUGUUUUACGUGAUAAAUUUAAGUUUCCUGAUAUGCUUUUGAUGGUGAUUUUCUCUCUCAGUCUAAAGAUGUGGACAACAAUUGUAGUAUGGUUUAUUCUGGCAUCUGUUGCCCAUAGAUUGGGUGUCGGGCCUCUAUAUAUACUUGGAACUGGAUUUCUUAUCAUUUUCUACAACCUUGGGCAUCGGCAACCUGGCGAUAUAAGCGCAUAUUCUAUAUUCAAUGAAGAUUUUAGGGAACUUCCUGGGACUCUCAAUGCGGAUCGCCUCGACAGGGACAUCAGACUUGGGCGAUUCUGAGUGCUAGGUGCUGUAGUUCAUGGAGCAACAGCCCCAUUUUUGUACUAAUAUCUGUAAUUAGAAUUUUCAGAAAACAUCUGUAAAAGUCUGAGUCUAAACCCAGAUUGUCAUCAUUGAAGUGUUUGCAGUUGUACGACUAAGUUAGCUCUCCUUUCAAAAAGAUCCGUGUAGGAGCGGUCUGAGUUUCCUUGUGACUAAGCAUGUGUUAUUUUUCAAUUAGUAAUUGUAAAUAUCCACUUAUUGUUUAACUA